UCGCCCACAACUUCACUUCGGUCAACUUCGUCAUUUAGUGGUGAUCGAAACGUCGAUGUGUGUGGAAGUGAAUUUAACUUUUCUAACAUAGUCUCACAAAAAAUAACAAUAACCAGUAACUAAAGUACAAUUUCUUAUUUGAACGUGUUAGAAUAAACAUUUUACGUGCAUUCAGUUGUUUAAAUUGUAUUCAAAAUGUGUGAUAAUACCAAUCCUUCGACGCAAAGUAUAGCGGACUACUUAGCUCAGUUGCUCAAAGACAGGAAGCAACUGGCUGCGUUCCCGAAUGUUUUCAUGCACAUGGAACGACUUCUGGAUGAAGAAAUAGCCAAAGUACGAGCGAGUUUAUUCCAAAUAAAUGGAGUAAAGAAAGAGCCCCUCGUCUUACCAGAACCAGAAGGCAUGGUCACUACGCUAACAGAAAAAGUAUACGUGCCAGUAAAAGAACAUCCAGAUUUCAACUUCGUGGGAAGGAUUCUGGGACCCAGAGGCAUGACAGCGAAACAGUUGGAACAAGAAACAGGAUGCAAAAUUAUGGUCCGAGGCAAAGGAUCAAUGCGGGAUAAGAAAAAGGAGGAUGCGAACAGGGGUAAACCGAAUUGGGAGCAUCUGGCCGAUGAUUUGCAUGUCCUACUCACAGUAGAGGACACAGAAAAUAGAGCGAAGAUAAAACUCGCCAGGGCAGUAGAUGAAGUCAAACGUCUACUUAUACCACAAGCCGAUGGCGAAGAUGAACUGAAGAAGCGUCAGUUGAUGGAACUAGCCAUUAUAAACGGCACAUAUCGCGACUCAAGCGCGAAGGCUGCCAUGCCUGUCAACGGUCAGUGCCUCAUAACUGAAGAGGAAUGGCGAAGGGUCGCCGCUGCGGCCGCCGAGACACAGCGACUUUUGGCGCCGGGUGGUGGUGUGGCCGGCGUCGGUGGUGUUGCUAUCCGUACACAGGCGCCUUUGGGGGCUCCACUGAUCCUGUCUCCACGCAUGUCUGCCGCGCCCGGGACUCAGGCCGGCCUUCUGAACGGUACCGGCGCAGGCGCAGCAGCCGGCCUGCUGUCUCCUGGCGAGCCGGCCCACCAGUUGAUCUACGCGUCUCCAUACGCCGAGUACGCUAACUACGCAGCCCUCACGGCCGCCGCCAACCCGCUGCUGACGGCGGAGUACGCCGCUGCUGACCAUACGGGUGGGUUGUUCGCCCGUUGAUCUCCAACGAUUCGAUACUUGAUAACACUUUACUUGUAGCAAAAUCUUGUACGGUUACUUGAAGUUUUGAAUGACUUUAAGUAUGUAUCAACUGGAUUAAUAUUUGUGAAAAUAUAAAUAUUGUUAAGAAAUGCAAUACGAGUUAGUAUCAUGUUAUACAAAAUUGGAAUUUACUUUCACAAUUCCAGCCCUUUUUUUAUUUGAGUAAGAACAUAUUUGUCAUAAGUUUUUCAAGUAGCUUACUAGAACUCAAUUUAUUACAGUUCCACAUUUUUUAUCAAGCAAAACUUCUGGUAGCCGUACAGAUGUACUUAAGCGUCAUUAGCGAUUAUAUGAUUUUAAUUGCAAGCUCUGUCACGAAUAACGUUGCAGUAUUACCUACGCUUUGCCCUGAGAGUAGCUAAUGACCUACUUUUUUGUAGGUUAAUAACCGUGAAACCAAGGUGUUAUCAAACAUCGAACCUAGAUUAUACUUACUAACUAUACACACGGUACCGGGUAUCUACCUACGGUAUGUAGACUCAGCGUGUAAGUCAUUUAAGCAUAGGAGUUAAAAUAAUCUAGCAAAUUUAAUAAUAACCUAGGGUCUAGAAAUUUCAAAUAGGUUAACCAUGUGCGUUAAAUUCGACUUAAAAAAUGUAACCGCAUGCUUUGACGAAUAUUUUUAGGCGUUUUACUAUUUUCAAAGUGCAUGCCUCUUAAAUUUUCGUUCAUUUAGAUUAUUUAGACUAAACUAAGCUUCUCUUGUCUUGAAUGUCUACGCUAGACGAUAAAACAUAAAUAAAAUAAAACAUUUAACGUCACCAUAAGGCAACGACACAAUUUCAAAUGUAAAUCGGACGCGUGAUUGCGCAACACUAACAAGACUAAUGCAAUUAUUUUAACACAUGGUGCAGAGUUUAUAUUUUACUGUGUGUGAAAUAAAUAUUUUAAUGGGGUUUGCAGCGUCGAGGUACCUACUUGCUGGCUUUUGACAAUGGCCGCAAUCUCCUCAGCCAACACUAAGAUACGACAGACUCCAACACUCGCCGUAUCUGCCGCAUCACUAUAACCGUCCUUGAUACUUGAAUACGCUUCUUACAUUUUACAGGACGCAUUAUAUACAGUCAUAAUAAAAGCCAUCAUAUUAAUAGGAUUAAGAUGUAUUGUUUUAAGUACGAUUAGAUUAGUGAAUCGAUCAUGUACCUACGAACUUAAUUUUUUUAUGAUAUUGUUUUUUUUUCUUCUACGACUGUUUGUACAGUUCCACAAGUAUAUUUUGUUUUCGAACAAUCAAAGAUUUAAUUUGUUGCGUACAGAUAUAUAGAUAUUUAUUUAUUAAUUUAAUAAUGCAUUAUAUUAUUUAUAACAGAAUAUUAUAUCAUCGUUGCCUCGUAUUAGAGUUGAUGGCAGUUACGCAUUAUUGUUUGAAGUAGACAUUAUUUAGAGUAAUCUUAAUGAAACUGCCAAUAGACUCCUUAAGUUACCGAAUUUCGUAUACAAAGACAUAGAUUUUUUUAAAUCAUUUAUUUAUUUACCUACAUCGUCACUGAUUUCCUACGAUGAUAGUUAGAUCCAUCAUCUGUAGUUCUUGUUAUAACCCUUGCUUGUAACACCACUAAUAAAUUAACUUCUUUGUAGUAGAUCAAAAUUUCAUCUUUGUCGAAUUUAGGUCACUUUAGAAUUCACCAUAGUGCAUGAAAUUUUCAUACUUGUUUAGAUUUUCAAUCAGCACACCUAAUGUGAAUAACAGAUUUUAUUCUCGUAUUAACAUCAAAAUCUCUGAAUAUUGAAAUUAUUUCCUUCGAUUCAGCGAUUACAAGCAAAAGGGACCAAAUAUGAUUUGAACUCAAUAAGAUACAAAACUCUUAUACUAAACAUAUAACAAAACUUACAAAAUUAAUAUUAAAAAACACUACGAUCAAAUCUGCUGAACAAUCUAGGCGGUUUUAAAUUGUUUUAAGUAUUGUAACAAUAAUAUCGAGAGAAAGCGUAAAUUUAUGUUAUUGUUACAAUUUUGACAUAAUUUAUUAAUUUAUUAGCCAUAUUAUGUUUAUGAACAUACCAUAGGAUAAGUAUUAUUUUUAUCUUUUAAAGAUUUUUAGAUAGGUUAGAAAAGAGUGAGCUUUAUGAAAAAUAUAUUCGUAUUUUACUAUUUUGUAGGUUUAUUAAACCGCAGUAAACACUGUACAGUCAAUUUAUUUAAAAUGAAAUUAAAGCCGGACAUUACCUGUACCUUGACCGGGCUUUCCGUUCGAGGUUUGAAUAUUUUAUUUUGUUAUUAUUUCCAAAGCAAUAUCAUAGGUAUUUUAGGCCUAAGCGUAAUUAUAGAAGUUAGUGUUACUGCUGAAGUAAGUGUUUCGUAGCAUUAUAUUGAAAUUGACGAUGAAGGCAGUAGCGAUUAACUAGGUAUUUGAUAUUGUAAGCGCAGAAAAAUAUGAGCUUUUGUUGGUUUAAAUGAGAUUAAAAAUAUUAGAAGCGUUCAGCGGCAUUUGUGGCUAAGGGCUACAAUUUCGUAUCAGUCUUCUCAGUAGUUUAAACAGCUUUAAUUGUUUUAAAAACCAGUGUUUUUGAUUGAGCCUGGGUGGCACUCAGUGUUGAUUUGAGGUUUAAAUAUGUUCUGUCCAAGACACAGAUUAAAAUGAGUAUGCCGUUAGGUGUGGUGAGGAGGGCGGGUCGGCUCACGCAAGUGCGGGAGCACCCUUACCAGCGCACUGCUUUGCCGGCGCCUUAAUUCGCCAUAUUGCUCUCACGCCGCCAUUUUGUUCACAAGGUGAGAAGCGCGCGCGCACGCAUGCAUAAGAUGAAUAAGUUUGCUUGCACUGUAGACUUGUUGUGUGAACUUUGACAUAAGAAAACGUUAAGUAUAUAAAGGGAAAACCUUUACGUGUCUAAGUUUUUUUAUGUCAAUAUGACCUGAAACUUGCGUCAUUACUGAAUUAAAAAGUCAGUGAAUUCCAGUAAAAAAAAUAGUUAGUAUAGUUUCGAGUCAUAGAUCAUUUUGAACGUAACCAUUUACUGGCAAUUUAUUUCCAUUUUCUAGCAACCAUAUUCGUCUGUAGUAUGCGUGGGUGCUUCUGCUUAGUUGUCUCUCUGUGUCUUUAUAUUUUUUAUUUAUUUAAUUGUGUACUUAUUAGUUUUAUCUCGAGUAUUAAGUGAAAAUGACGUAAUGUUGUCCAUCGCUACAUCAUACUGCAUCUGAAGCGACACUGCAUAAUUUGAAAACUGUGAUUUUUUAUUUCUUUUAAUAGAUAUUUUAGAUCUGUUACAUGUUGUGAUGCGCGGCAUUGUUGUACAGACAUUGCAUUGUCUCGAUUGUAUUACUUUUACUUUUUUACAAAUUAAAUAAGCAUUAUUGAAUUUUGAUGAUUUCCAACAUUACUGUUCCUAUUUUAUGAAAAUUCACAACAUGUGCCUCCAAAUAGCCGUGAUUGAGUAUCUUUAUCAAAGUAUAAUAUUAUUUACAUGGAAAGAAGGAUCGCUUUCUCAAGUUUUAAUACGAUAAAUCAAAUUAGUUUUUUUUCGAGAUUUAUGAUGCUUUGUGAUUUUUGUUUGCCAAAUAAAGUCCAUGGAGGUGCUAAGGUCGGGUUGUGAGGUCCUUCUUUCCACUAUCGCCCAGUAUUAGUCAAAGGGAUAGGCAUUUUCAGAAUUCGUGCCAUCAAUCCAGUAUUAUACAAAAUGCCUCCCUUCCGACUUUUCAUUUCAUUAUCAUCACAACUUUUUCUUAGUCAAUAUAAGAUUUUUAUAUGAUUUUUAUAAACUAGUUGUUUCUAUUUUGUCUUAGGUAAGUAUUAUAUGCUUUCUUAUUUGAAAGUGAUUAUUAUUAAGAUAAUUUGCACUUGUGUCCUUGUGGAUUGAAAACGGCACCUAUGUGCCGAUUACGUAUUGUCACGCUUCUUUUAUCCAAUUUUAUUAUAGAUCGGAACGAUAUAUUCGUAAUUUUAUUAUCUGAGUUAUAUGAACCAUGAUGUAUUGUGAAAUAUUAUGUCACUUGUUGAUUGUAAAUAAAUGCAUUUUCAGAAGAUAUCCAUGCAAUAAAUUUGUCUGAAAUUACGAGUUUCUUUUUAUUAUUUUAGAUCCGCGGUUAAAGUUAAUUUGUGUUCAUGUUUUUACUGCUAAGUGUAUACAGUUGAUGACGUGCAGUCAUUGGUCGAUUGUAGCCUCACACGACUAACAUUGCAACUCCACAAGGCCAAGUUCCCGUUUGUUGACAUAAUAAUAAUUUUAAGUGCACUAUCAUAACAGCUAUUGUCACAACUUGCAGAUUAUCUGUAACUAUGUAUUUAUAUUAUAUGAGUCACUAACAUGCAAAUAUGUAAUGACAUUGAAUUAUGUUAUCACAGAUUUAUUAACAAAAUUAAGAGAAUGCUACCAUAUACAAGUUUAUUAUUGAAAUAUUAAGCAAUGUGUUGAAUAACUUACAUACUUGCAUCUGGGUGCUAUGGUUAUACAUAAGUGAUAAAAUUAUUAUGCUUGUUUGUUUGAGCGAUGUUCGAUGCAUGGUCAGAGAAACCGAUGUAUCGAGUCUCGCUCUUUUGGGAACUAUUGGGCAUUUAAUCCUAUAUUGUAGAUUAUCAUUAUCAUACUAAAUUAUUUUAACAUUUUUCAACCAUUAACUGCGUAAACUAAUGAAGUAAGUACCCGUUACAAUAAUUAAUUAACCGGGCCAUACCGAACACAAUGUCGCGGCGCGAAUGCCUGAUAGCCUCCCCUCAAUACUUGUUUUAUCAGAAUUUUCUAUUUUAUGAUAAAUACCGUACACAAGUUAUAUCAAUCCGAGAACGAUUUGCGCUUUUGUUGAAUAGCUGCAUGUCUUGCCCCCAAAAGUUUAAUUCGAUUGUAUUAUCAGUUCAUUUAUCCCUUUACCUCCUUCGUAAUAUUCAUGAACGUUCUCAUUAAGAGAUGUCGCUGAGAGUACUAGUAAUAUUUCUAGGACGUUAUCAGAAAUGAUUUUCCGCGCCUCUCGAUAGUUUCAAACUUAGCAUGCCAUUUCUGAUAGUGUCCCUCAGCAUACGAACACGCCGCGGCAGUCAACAUCAGUGUGAAGUCGUCUCGCGAUUGGGGCACUCGUGUCGGACCAUGACAUUUUGAUCGAUACUAACAUUCUGUUUUUUCUCUCUUCUCGUUAACCUGGCUAGGUGAGUGCUAACGGCGCCGAGGAACUAACCGCAGCCACGGCCGGCCCCCGCCCGGCACUUCGCCGUAACAUAUACAUCGGAACAUCGACCACCAUAGUAGCUAUAGCUGUUGGGCCUUUCACGUUAACAUUACUAUGUAUUAUAAUAGUCUAACUAUUAACAUUUAUAUGCCUGUUAUGUUUAUAACAUGAUAAUUAACCUAUACAAAUGGCACACGCCAUCGACUAUAUCUACUUUUGUAAUUGUUUAUUUGUUGUCGCUUGAUCGUGUUGUGUUAGCACGAGUUGUUAGAACCCUGGAUACGCGCGGUGCUAAAUGUGUAUUCAGUUAUCUUAUACCUAUCUUAUCUUAUGUUUGAUAUUCUUAACAGUUUUUAAUAUGAAAUGCGUUCAAUUAUAUAUUUAACAAUAUCUAAAGUUUAUUGUAUUCACCUUUAGCGCCGUGCAAUUUACAUCUUAUUUUGAAUCUGUUGAAAUAAUUCUCAAGUUAUUUAGUACUUAUUACACAGAUUAAUUUCUGAAGUAGUCGAUUUUCAAUUUAAUGCAACUGGAAAAAACUUGGGCAAUAAUGCUCAUUAAUGAACUAAUGAGUGAGAGUUUUCAAUUCUCAUUUCAUAAUAUACAGUACAAAGUUAUUUAUAUCAUGUUAAAUGAAAUGGAAGCAACGCUGUGCGCAGAAUUAUUAUCAAGAUUCCGGUAUUCACUCGAGCUAGUGUCAAGUAAGUAAUAUAUGUUUGCAAAUUUCAAUGAAAAUAUUGAGAAAACAUUAUAGAUAUUGGACUGAUAUUGGAUUCUAAUCUAGGUUGUCCUUCAUAUACUUAUUGACCUAACAAAUAUGUUUUUGGCAAUAAAAUUAUUUUACAUUAAAACCAAAGACUAAUAUAAUUUUGAGAGCUAUAUUUCAAUCAAAUUAAAAUCGAAUGUCUUCCUUCUAAACCUUGAAUAGCGGUCAAUGGGUGUAUGAACCUAUCUACUAUAUGUAGAGAUAUAUUUAUAGUAUUUACAUAUUUUAGUGUUUAAUAUUUAUAGAUAAAAUGAAUAUUUGUGCAUCCCAAGUGCCUUAAUUUUGUACAAUGUUCGCCCACUGUGGUUCUAUAAACUGUUAACUGCAUAUUAGUUAAGUUAGAAGAGAUUAAAUUAUUGUUAACUUUGCUAUUAUAUUAAUCUUAAAUAAUAGGCAGUCUAGGACAAUAUUAAGAUCAUAUAAAUAUAUACAUUAACACAAUGUUAUAAAAUGAGAUACUAAAUAUUUUUUUUGAAUCUUUUUGAAAUAAAAUCUCUAUAGAAUCUCUGAUAUAUUUAUCUCAUUUUUACCAAAAAUAUCUAAAAGGAAUAAAAGUAUAUUUAAUGUAAUAAAAAAGAAACUCAAAGUUUUGUCAGUGCCUUAAAUCUCUGUCGUUUUUCUGAAACAGUAAUGUAUUUUGGUAACUUAAAAAUUGUAAGUGUUAUGUAUAUAGCUUACAUAUUAUAUUGUUUAAAGCAAUUAUUUUAACAAAUCAUCUUUAAGUAACGUUAAGUGCAAUAGAAAUGUUAUGUCUAAUUAAUAUUUUAUUAUAAAUAAUCUCAAUGUAAAAUAUAUUAAGCAAAUAUUUUACAAUUAAGGAGAUCUGAUAUUGAGAUUAAUAAAUCUAGAAGGAUAAUAACGUUACUUCUAUGAAAUGUCUAUUGCGUAGUUUUUAUAUGAAAUGUUUACAUCAUAGGCUUUACGGUAAAAUUUAUACAAAAUUUUUAUAAAGCAUAUUAGGUGCUUUUCAUGUUAUAAUCUCAAAAGUAUAUACAUUUACGAUCAAUAAAUUCUAUAAAACACUCUUUUUUCAUAACACCUGAAACGUUCAUUGAUUUUCAUUAUAUUUUACCUCGUAUUUAAUGCCAUUGAUAUUAUUGUAUUUUUUUUUUCAAGUUGUUAACACUCCGUCCAUGAUUUUUAUCAUAAAUAAGUACUUAAAACGUUGGUCUCUCGAGCAUAAUGUAAACACAUAUAAUUUGAGACACCUUCCUAUUCGAAAUCACAAGUAGUGUUAACAAAAAAUAUCAUAAAGAAUAUAUUUGAAGUAACAUUUUCAACUUCUAAUUUCACAAGUCUGAGACAUUUUCCAAUUUGAUGGUAAUUAAUAUUAAUUGUUUUUUUAUAUCGAUCUAGCUCUUUAAAAAAAAACAGUUAUCCGCAGGCCUGCGUAAAAUUGUUCGGUUUAACUUAAUAUUUAUUAAUUUUUAUAUUUUAUAAUUAACAACAUGAAUCUAAAUAAAUAAAAAACACUAUAAUAAACAUUUUCUGUUGAGGGCUCACUUUAACGCGCAAAUUAGCUUAAAUCCUUGUCGACUCAUUUCUACAUGGAAAAAAAAUGAAAUAUAAUGAUACAAGAUUUAAAAAAAGAUGUUUUCAUGGCAUUGAAUGAAAAUAAAAAUUGUAUCUUAAUUUCGUACAAAUAAAUAUUACAAAAUGAAGCAUUUAACUGUAACUGUAUAAUAAUGCCAUAAAGCGUAACGUAUAAAUGUGACGAAAAUAACAAAAAAAAUAGGUCUAUAUCUAGUUGUGAUUUACUUGAAGUAAUAAUGUACAAAGUAGCAGUUUGCAAGUAACUAGUAUAAUAUUGUUGUGUUUCAUUGCAAUAAUAAUCAUUUGUUUCUUGAAACAUGUUUUGUGCCAUGAAGACAGGCAUGUCAUUGUUUUAUUAUUAUUACAAUAUUAAUAUUAUUUUGUACUUAUUGUGUUAAGGGCGAUUCGCUUAGGGCUGUAGCGCAAAAAAUACAUGUUUAUUGGAAUACUAACACUUGUACGGUAAUCAAGAUUAAGAUUUGCUAUUACUAUCAAACUGACAGGUACAAAUAAAAAAAAAUGAAGUAAAAUUAUAAUUUAAAUUUAUUAUACAUACCUAAGUGUUUAAAUUUUUUGUAUUAAAACUUAAUUUUUUUUUAAUACAACCCUAAUAAUUUUUAAUUGUUGUUAUAAUUAGUUUUCUUGCAAAAUAAAUCGUGUUAAUUGCAGAGCUUGAAAUAAUGGUACCUAAUUUUUUAAACAAAUACCAUAGCCUAGUAUAGUCAACGACGUAAUAAAGUAUGGGUACCUUUUUAAAUUUAGUAUUGGUAACGACUGGAAAUUCAAAAAUUUCAAUAUAAAAAGAACUGGGAAUCAAAAUACUUUCCUCGAAUGUCUUUUUUGCGCCACAUUGCCAUGGCACUCCCCUUAAACGGCUAACUUAGCGCCGUAAAUGAACUUGUAGAUAUUUAUGUUUUUUUUUUCUAUAUAGUAUUAUUAUUAAUGGAAAAUCGUAAUAUCUUACAUUAAUUGUUUUCCAAAAACAAAAUAGAGAAUACUUUUAGUUAAGUGAGAUUGUGCAUAUGUCUGUUUUGAUGUGUGUUUAAGAUGAUUUGGUCUUAGUAAACAUUUGAAAAAGUAGAAUUU